CGGCAGGGGCGGCUAGGUCACCUGAUCCGGACUUCGGCGGUGCAAUGGCGGCGCCCUUGCUCCGGUGGGGCUGUCCUGGAAGACGCUGGGCUUUAGUGUGGAUUGACCGCGGGUCCCGCCUCCGAAGUAGGACUCCGACUCUGCCCACGACCGAGAGGACGAGGGGACAGAGUUCAGGGACUCAGCAGCCCCUCCACACGGCCCAGAAGUCGAGAAAAGGUGAACACAAAUGGGCAGCUGUGGUAGGAUUGGAAAUUCAUGCCCAGAUUUCCUCCAACUCUAAACUCUUCUCUGGAUCUCAAGUGUGUUUUGCAGCACCUCCAAAUUCUUCGGUUUCUUUUUUUGAUGCAUCUCUGCCUGGAACUUUGCCGUCCCUAGUCACUUGGCCCAGCUGCUUUGGACCUAUGGCAGUAUAUCACAUCAUCCUGGGAACAUCUAGCAGAGGAAGCAUAUUCAACUCAUGGCAGCCAGGAAGUGAAAGAGAGAGAAAGGAAGAGGUUCUCAACAGGAGAUGUGUAGAAGCUGCAGUGAUGACAGGCUUGGCACUGAACUGCCACAUAAACAAGAAGUCCUUAUUUGACAGGAAGCACUACUUCUAUGCAGACCUUCCGGCAGGUUACCAGAUAACCCAGCAGAGGCUCCCGAUUGCUGCCAAUGGGAGCUUGACAUACGGCGUCUGCAUAGGAAAGAAGCAGAGUCAGAUGGCCAAGACCGUGAGGAUCAAGCAGAUCCAGUUGGAGCAGGACAGUGGCAAAAGCCUCCACGAUGACUUGAGGUCCCAGACACUCAUCGAUUUGAACAGAGCGGGAGUUGGCCUUCUGGAAGUGGUCCUGGAGCCUGACCUGUGCUGUGGAGAAGAGGCAGCCACAGCUGUCAGGGAGUUGCAGCUGAUCCUUCAAGCCCUAGGAACCAGCCAGGCAAACAUGGCAGAGGGCCAGCUGAGAGUAGAUGCCAAUAUAUCUGUUCAUCACCCUGGGGAGACUUUGGGAGUCCGGACUGAAGUGAAGAAUCUCAACAGCAUCAGGUUCUUGGCCAAAGCUAUAGACUACGAGAUUCAGAGGCAAAUCAAUGAGCUUGAGAAUGGAGGUGAAAUUCUGAAUGAAACUCGUUCAUUUGAUUCCAAGCUGGGGUGCACCGUGCCAAUGAGGGACAAAGAAGGAAAACAGGACUACAGGUUUAUGCCGGAGCCCAACCUGCCUCCUCUGGUACUCUAUAACUCCACGUCUCUGCCUGCACAUGCCGACAUUCAGCAAGUGGUCAACAUUGACCAGAUUCGGGACAUGCUCCCCGAGCUUCCCAGUACAACCAGAGAGAGACUCAUCCAGAAGUAUGGCAUAUUGCCGGAGCACAGCUUCACAUUACUGAAUGAAGUUGGCCUACUGGAAUUCUUCGAAAAUGUGAUAAAAGAAACUAGGGCAGAGCCGAAAAAGGUGACUAACUGGGUCCUGAACAAUUUUCUGGGCUAUUUAAAGCAACAGCACCUUGCUGUGAGUGAGAGUCCUGUCACACCCUCUGCACUCGCUGAGCUCCUCAACCUGCUGGACAGUAAGACAAUUUCUUCAUCAGCAGCUAAACAGGUGUUUGAGGAGCUGUGGAAGGGUGAGGGUAAGACUCCAGCCCAGAUUGUUUCAGAACAGGAGCUGGAACUGAUGCAGGAUCAAGAGGCCCUGGAGCAGCUCUGCCAUGCCGCCAUGGAGGGACACCCCCAAGUGGUAAUAGAUGUGAAGGAGGGAAACCCCAAAGCUAUAAAUAAGCUAAUUGGGUUGGUCCGGAAAGCCAGCCUAAGCCGAGCAGACCCAGUUCUGAUAAAGAAAAUACUGGAGAAGAAGCUGUCCUCGUGAGAUAAGUCCCUCUGCCUGACAGAGGACAGUGCGUCCCCAAGAGCAGCAGCCCGCGAGGACUGGCAUCCCUGUGCUGUACAAGUUGUGUCUCUGUCACUGGCCAGGCCACACCUCCCAGGAGAUGACGUCUUACACUCAUGCUUCUCUCCUGAGACGCUGUGUCCUGAGAGGCAGCUUUAAACCAGCAGCCCUGCCAUCUGCUUCAAUGACUGGAAAGAGUUCCAUGCUGGCGGCAGCCAGGGUUAGGAGAUAGCGUGUUCUACUGUGGAGUGAUUCUAAAUGG